AUGUUCUUCAAGUCGCUGGACCUGACGACUGCGCUCAGACCGUUGCUAUUACCGGACGAGACCUUGCUCUUCGUUCAAGAUGCGGUAGGGCUGUAUGAAGGGAAAUACAAAGUUCAGAAUUACCAAAAUGGCCAUGCCUAUCUCACCUCGCACAGAGUGUGCUAUGUUGCUGCGGAGGAUCCGCGCAAAUACUCGGUGGCAAUUGAUCUGAAGGAGCUUGAUCGAGUGGAGUCCCAAGCUGGCUUUUUGAAGUCUUCUCCGAAAUUGACCAUAUACCCCAAACCACAAAAGAAAAAGCUCGAGCAGUCGAGGAGCGCAACGUCCAGCCCCGCUGUUUCCCACCCAUCAACGCUACAUUCGACACAGUCGCUGGCCCACCUUCCACAAUCGAACUUGCCCCAAGGCUCAGCUUCUCCCAAGCCGAUACAUGCCACCUGGAUAUGUCCUAUAUGUACAUUUUCAAACCCCGUGCCGUCGAAUUUUGAUCCGGCGACAGCUAGUGCAACUACACACUUGCCUCCUUGCCUAGCAUGUGGGAUCAAACCACCAUUUACCACAGUACUUAAGGCAGCGAUCAGUGCCGCCACGACUCGUGAGCCCUCUUUACCAACGUCGGCCCCAUCACCCGCCCUUGCGCAGCAUAUUGUACAAUCAAAUGACAGCUGGUCCGUCGGACCCGGAGGGUCUACCCCCUGUCCACGCUGUACAUUCGUGAACCAUCCAUCCCUGACUGAAUGCGAGAUUUGUGGAGCACCCUUGUCUGCUGUGUCUUCGUCCGCCACGAAUCGCGUGGACUCUCCCGCCCCAUUGUUCGAGCAAUCCCACAUCGCCAACACGGAGGUCAGUGAAAGUAUCAAGCUCUCUUUCCGAGCAGGUGGCGAUAAGACCUUUUAUGAAAGACUGAAAGGUGCCUUGGUUCAAAGGAAAUGGCUGUUGCAGAAUGCGCCACCUGUUCCUCUGCCAUCACAGGCUACCCAACCAGGCCUGUCUUCCUCUGCCGUUAGUAGCGAGAGUCCUCCGCCUCCAGUAACAAGGCCUGCUGGGGUUGGCAUAGCGGGAUUAGAACGCCGGGGCCUAGAGGCGAGAAAGAAGAAUGAGCUCGUGAUAGGCAAUUCUUUCGAAGACUUGGAGGCUUUGAUGGCAUCCGCAAAACAGAUCGUCGCCCUGGCCGAGACUCUAGCACGAGAGUCCGGCAUGGCUACUAAUGAGGGAUCAGCUGAAACUAGCGCAGUGCUUUCAGAGUCUGCAGCUGCAUUAGGCAUGGUGACUACCAAAGAUAUGCUCAGCUCAGGAUCUGAAAGCCUUUAUCUAUCGGAACUUUCGCGGGACCUAGCAGAAUUCCUCACGGAUGACAGAAAGGGGAUCCUUCAGCGCGAAGGCGGGAUUAUGAGUCUCAUAGAUCUCUGGGCUGUGUUCAACCGGUCCCGCAACGGAGUCGAACUGGCCAGCCCUUCAGAUUUCCAAAAAGCAGCUGAGCUCUGGGAAAAGCUCAAGUUGCCAGUUCGUCUUCGCCGGUUUAAGAGUGGUCUUCUUGUGGCUCAACGGUUUGACUGGAAUGACGAGAAGACCAUUGGCAAGCUGCAAGAUUGGAUAGAAGAACUUCGACGCGUUCCUCCUGACGACCCUGUUCCCUGGGAUUGGUCUCUCUUUGGUCGAGCUAUUACGGCCCAGGAAGCCGCUCAUCGCUUCAAAUGGAGCGUCGGGGUUGCUGCUGAAGAAUUGGAAAUGGCUGAAGACAGGGGCGUUCUCUGCCGUGAAGAAGGCAUUGAAGGCCUCCGCUUCUGGACUAACUAUCUAUCAUCGCCAGACCUUGACGGUCUCUCUCGCCUUACUAUUUAA